ACGUAGGGAGAGGGGUGAUUCCUUCAUUCUCACAACAAACCUCAGAUGAGAGUGAUUGGUGCAGAGCAUUGGAGCGGAACUUGGUGACUGCGGGAGAGAUCGGUGUGACAGGGCGAGGAUGGCGGACGGAGAGCUGGCGAUCCCCUCCUCGGACAAAGGGCUGGGACUGAUCGGCAGCCUGAGAGCGGCCGCCUGGUCUCUUGUGUACGUACCAGCGAGGCAGCUAGAAAGAGAGUCAGGAUGGCUAACAAAUUGGCUCCCAGCCUGGUGUCCCACAUCUACAACUCAUCUAAAGGAGGCUGAAGAGAAAAUGCUGAAGUGUAUAACAAACUCCUACAACAAAGAACAUGUAUUACAGCCUGGAGGGAACCAGAUCUGGACCUUGACAUUCACACAGCCAUCAUCUCAGAAGACUCCACUGGUGUUGCUUCAUGGGUUUGGAGGAGGAGUUGGACUUUGGGCACUGAAUUUUGAAUCUCUUUGCCAAAACAGAACUGUUUAUGCUUUUGACAUCUUGGGUUUUGGACGCAGUAGUAGGCCUCACUUUGAAGAUGAUCCUGAAAAAGCAGAGAUGCAGUUUGUGCAGUCAAUAGAAGACUGGCGAAUGGCACUGGGUCUGGAUACUAUGAUUUUAUUAGGGCAUAACCUGGGAGCUUUUUUAGCUUCAGCUUACUCUUUGAAAUACCCUUCAAGGGUAAAAAGCCUUAUUUUGGUAGAGCCAUGGGGAUUUCCAGAAAGAUCUGACAAUGCAACAGAGGAAAGACCCAUUCCAAUCUGGAUUAAAGCAGUCGGUGCCGUUUUAAGUCCCUUUAAUCCCCUAGCAGGACUUCGUAUAGCAGGGCCACUGGGUUUAAGCCUUGUUCAAAGGCUAAGGCCAGAUUUUAAGAAGAAAUAUGCUUCAAUGUUUGAUGAUGACACUGUAACAGAAUAUAUUUACCACUGCAAUGCACAGUCUCCAAGUGGUGAGACAGCAUUCAGAACCAUGACAAUCCCAUAUGGUUGGGCUCAGAGGCCAAUGCUGCAGCGUAUUGACCAGAUGCAGCCAAACAUUCCAAUCACCGUUAUUUACGGAGCACGAUCCUGUAUUGAUGGGAAUUCGGGAAGCACUAUUCAGUCACUGCGACCAAACUCCUAUGUGAAAACAGUUGCUAUUCGUGGUGCUGGCCAUUAUGUGUUUGCUGACCAGCCAGAAGAUUUCAACCAAAAAGUAAUAGAAAUCUGUGACUCUGUGGACUAACUUGGAAAUCCGGUUUUGAAGAUUCCUUUUCUGUAUAAUUUUUCUCUUACAGAGUAAUGCAAAGAGCUUUCAGAUUGCUCUCCUAUACCCUAUUAUCGGUGCUUUCUCUUUAAAGACAGUUGCACACUUGAACCAGAAUUGUGCCUUUUUUGUAGGAAUUGAUUUUAGACAUAGCACUGUACAGCUUUUACAAGUUUCCAGAGUGUUUCUAUUUUAUAUUGUUGAAAUUCAAAAGAAUUAUAUUUACUUUUGUCAUAUAGGUAGGUGUGUGUAUAUAUAUAUAUAU